AUGGAUAAAACUUGUUCGAAGGCAGUAGAUACUAGUCCGGCAAUCCCCGAGUCCGGACUAAACCGGAACUCGAGCGUCCAAAGAGAGGGGAUGAAGGUCGCCUUUGCAGUGAAUGAGAUCAUGAAAUUGGCCUUGAAGGCAUGUCCAGAAGCUGGUCUUGCAUGGUCGGGAAUUUCCCUGAGCCUUCAGAUCCUCUCCAACCCUGCAAAAGAGACAGAAUCCAACCGCAAUGGGCUUGAAUACAUUUGCAGCCGCAUGAAUUGGUACUGGGAGCUAUCCAGUCGCUUUCUGGGUGAAAGUGACGUGGAUGCCGCGCUCUACGAGGGGUUGAGAUGGGAACUCAAGGCGCAAAUUGUGGGCCUUUACAAAGCGCUGCUCUUGUAUCAGCUCAGGAGCGUCUGCUCAUAUUACCGGAACCGCUUGGUUGUCUUUCUGCGCGACAUGGUCCAACUUGACGACUGGGAUGGGAGUCUAGACAACGUGAAGAGCCAGGAGGCCAUUGUCCGCGAGGGCUUCAGGUCCUAUUUUGAUCAAAACACGCUGGACUAUCAGAAGAAAGGGUCUUGGUUUCUGCAAGAGAUUAGCAAGAAUGUUCUGGCACAGGCCCUGCAGCAAAGGGACAUGCAAGAAGAAAAUGACGACAACAAGUGCCUGCAACAUCUGUUCCUUACAGAUCCCGCAACGGACAUGAUGAAGAUCCAAGAGGAAAGAGAAUCCCUCAUUUCUGAAUCCUGCCAUUGGAUCGUGGAUCAUCCCCAGUUCACUACCUGGCAAAAGUGCGGGACAACUCGGCUAUUGUGGAUCAAGGGUGGUCCUGGAAAGGGAAAGACGAUGCUGUUGAUGAGUAUUGUCAAUCACCUUUCACAAUCAGUGGAAGACAACAACAUCUUUUCAUUCUUCUUCUGCCAGGAGACUUCCAAAGAUGCCAAUGCGCGAGUACUUCGAGGGUUGAUUUACCAAAUCCUUUAUCAGAAUCGCGCGCUGAUCGCUCAUCUUCGCAAGGUGUAUGACACACAAGGGUCAAAGCUUUUCGAGAGCAGCAACACCUCCACGGCGUUAAAGGCCAUCUUCGUUGAGAUGAUCAGAGAUCCAAAAUUGAAUCGAGUACACUUAGUGGUGGAUGCUCUGGAUGAGUGCCAGCCUGAGGAUCUGAAACAUCUCGUAAGCCUGAUCAAUGAAAGUGUGUCCAAAUGGCCGCAUGUCAAGUGGCUCGGCUCGAGUCGUCACAGUGUUGAGAUCGAAAGGAGUCUCCGGACGAAUGAAUACGGACAGGUCCUCGACCUUGAAAGAGAUGUGGAAGAUCUCAUUCACAGUGGGCUGAGUCUCUACAUCAGUCACAAAUUGGCGGAUCUCUUCAAACGGUUCGGCGACACUUACGCACAUGAAGGAUCUGGUGCUAUUGCGGAGCUUAAGGAUCUGCAGAAAGAAGUUGCCGAUGAAGUACAGGAAAGAGCCAAUGGCACUUUUCUCUGGGUAUCACUGGUGUUCAAGCAGAUUGACGAGUCUCAGGUGGAUGCUGAUGGCGUGAAUGAGUUUAUCCGUCGGAUGCCAUCUACCCUGAAGGGGAUGUACGAUAGAAUGAUGGAACAAAUCAUCAACAGUCCAAAGGGGAUAUUCGAGUCCUGUCAACAAACUCUGUUGGCUGCAACCGUCGCCUACCGACCUCUUCGGUUAGGCGAAAUGAGAGAAUUGGCAGCAUUCAAACCCCUUACUAUUACCAAACGGAUCAUCCUGCGCUGUGGAUUGCUCUCAAUCAGAGAGAGCGAUCAGACAGUCUCCUUUGUUCACCAGUCCGCAAAGGACUAUCUCAUCGACAAGGAGUCGAAGUUUUAUUCCAGGGUUUUUCCCAAUGGACAUUUGGAUGGCCAUCAGACGAUAGUCACCAGAUCUCUCGCUACCAUGGAUCUCCUUGAAAAGAACAUUGACAAUCUCGACAGCCCGGGCUUUCACCUACCGGAAGACUAUAGACCUCACUCUGAUUUGCUGACUUCCUCUGGAUAUUCAUGCAUAUACUGGAUUGACCAUUUGUGUGAAACAGAGGGUGAACCCGGCAAAGUCGGCCUUAGUGAUGAGAAAAUCAUAGCAUUUUGGAGGAAACACUUCCUCCAUUGGCUUGAGGCGCUAAGCCUUCUCAAGAGCCUCCCGAAGGGUGCGGCUGCGCUCAUGAGAUUCACUUCCCUACUCAAGAGACGGCCAUCAGGCUCUGAUCUGCUCAAACUGGUCCGCGAUUCACGCAGAUUUCUGCUGUAUUGUCAAGGCGUGAUUGCAGACCAUCCGUUGCAGACUUAUUCAUCGGCCAUCUUAUUCAGUCCCGAGCUGAGUCUCAUACGGAACAACUUCAAGAACGAAGAGCCAGACUGGAUCAUAGCCAAACCAGUGGUAGAAGCCGAAUGGGGAGCUUGCUUACAAGUGGUAGAGGGCCAUCGUGAUCGAGUUCGGGCAGUGGCCUUCUCCCCUGACGGUGAGCGUAUCGUCUCUGGAUCAGAUGACACGACUUUGAGAAUCUGGGAUGCAAAUAAUGGCGCCCGCCUCAACACGCUCAAGGGUCAUGAGGGGGCGGUCUGUUCAGUGACCUUUUCUCCUGAUGGCAGGCAUAUCGUAUCUGGCUCAGAUGACUGUACAAUCAAGAUCUGGGAUUCAAUAAGCGGUGACUGCCUUCAUACGCUGAGGAGCCAUAGCAGGAAAGUCAAUUCUGUUGCUAUCGCACCUUGUGGUAACUAUAUUAUUUCGGGUUCAGAUGAUCAUACCGUUAAGAUGUGGGAUUUCUUUACUGGAGUCUGUCUGCAUACGUUAUAUGAAUGUGGCGGUACAAUAGAAUCGGUGGCUUAUUCCCCCGAUGGUCGCUACAUUGCGUCAGGUGACGUACCGGGUGACAUAGCAAUUUGGGAUGUUCAGCGCAGUGUUUGUAUUCAGUUGCUAGAUGAUUGUACUGUGUGGUGCAACCCCGUCACCUUUUCACCCAAUAGCCAACUCAUCGCAACGCUAGCAGCCGAUGAAAUCAUCGCGUUAUGGGACAUAGCCAGUGGUACCUGUCUGAAGAGACUCGAUUGGGGGGGGUCUUCUGCCGAGGCCCUUAUUUUCACUCCUGAUGGAAAACGUAUCAUCUGCAGCUCAAACAAUCGUAACAUUAAGAUCUGGGAUAUAGUCAGUGGGGCUUGUCUUUACACGCUAUUUGGCCACACCCACCAGGUUUCUUCAAUUGACGUUUCAGCUGCUAGCGGACUCAUUGUUACUGGGUCAUUUGAUAACACCAUCAGAAUUUGGGACACAAGCAACGGUGUUUGUGAACACAAGUCAGGCGAUCACACUCAGAAAAUCAAUUCAGUGUUCUUCCCACCUAAUGGUGAACAUUUCGUGUCGGCUUCAGAUGACAAAGAAGUCAAGAUUUGGGAUGCAGCUCAUGGUGACUUGCUUCAUACUUUCAAUCAUUUUGAUGCUGCUCUGUCAGUCGCAGUCUCCUAUGAUACCAAGUUGAUCGCAUCAGGAACAUAUUCUCUCAUUCGGAUAUGGGAUACUCUUUUGAUAACUGGACUCGGUCUUACGCCUUCUCACCUGAUGGAAAGCACAUCGUCUCGGGAUCAGAAGACAACAGUGUCAGAAUCUGGGAUGCAAGGGCAUAAGUACAGAUUGGAUAGGGACUACAUGUGGAUAACAUGCCAUGGCCAAAACCUCCUCAGAUUACCCCUUGGUCAUGAAGUAACCUUCUGGACGUACAGCUCGAAUAGUCUGGUUAUUGGUUUCAAAACAGGACGGAUUAUGCACUUCAAAUUCACCAGAAAGGAUCCAAUCGCGAGGUGA